AUGUCAUCAUGCAUAACUAGUUGCAGCAGCUGCCCCUCAAAGAAUGUGUGCACCAUAAAGAACGAAGAAAGCGGGCCCAGCGAGAUACAAAAGAAGUUCAUGAACAAAAAAGUAUUUGGGGUAAUGAGCGGGAAAGGAGGUGUUGGAAAGAGCACCAUUUCUGCAAGCCUAGCUCUGCAAAUGUCAAAAAUAAAAAAGACGUGCAUCAUUGAUGCAGACAUCGCAGGCCCAAGCAUAGCCAGAGCCACCGGUGUAGAAAGCUCGCAGUUUAUUGCAGGGAAGCUCAUUCCGUCCAGAACAGAGGCACUCGACGUGUUUACCCCUGAGGAUAAAGAAAAUGCGCACACAAAGGGAAUGGAGAUACUGCAGUAUCUAAGCAGCAUUGAUGUGGAUGAGUAUGAGGCAGUCGUAAUUGACACACCGCCCGGCACGUCAGACAUCCAUAUAGCGCUUGCAAAGCACAUUCCAAAUAUAAAUAUUAUUCUGGUAAGCACUCCACACAAGCUAAGCAUUGCCGACACAAACAGGCAGAUAUCCUUUUGCAGCAAGACAGGCCUUAAGAUUGUUGGAUUGGUUGAGAACAUGAGUGGGUACACAUGCGGAAACUGUCAGUUUGUGGUGCCUGUGCACAGAACAGCCCAGCUGGAGGGAGUUCCAGAAGACGUCCCGCGCAUUGCAGUGCCAAUGUGCCAGGACAUUGCAAAAGAGUCGGACCAUGGAGUGGCUAAGUCCGUUACACAGUAUAUGAACAUUAGCCAACUGAAAAUUUUUAACUAA